CAAACAAGCAAGUGUAACAGAUUUUAUUGCGUGUUCAGUGUAGCUUCUUUUUUUUUACGACGGCUGCUUCUUCCGACGUCGGCAACCAACAGUAUGAGCAACAACAACAACAACAAGAAACCCUUGGGGGCCCUUGUCCCCAGCCUUCCACUCACUCAAACUAAUCCUCUCUAUCAAGCAGCCUAUGUUGCCMUGGAGAGGAAGAAGUUCCUUCAACUUGCAAAGAAGAAGCAGCAUCUUUGCGCCAUCCAAACCAUCAAGGAAAGGGAUGUUGAAGCACUCUUCCCAGGAGAUGAAGCCAAGGGAUUGAGAGAGGAGAUGCGGGUCCUCCAUACUGAUAUUGUCCCUGUCGGCCUAGGCAAGAACAAGCGAGAGAAGGCCUGGAGAUCUCACUAUGCGUCUUCCAUCCUUGCUUCAAUCUAUGUUGCAAUGGAGAUGAGGAAGGGGAUGGAGUUUCCUACUCCAAGCGCCCAACGUGCCAGCAGAUCCAGGAGCAGCAAUGCAACAGCUCUUCCCCUCUUCCGGUCCGCUGCUAAGGAUGUCAAGCAAGCUGUUGACAAACAGGAGGAUKAGGACAUUGAAAAGCUGAACAAGAAAUCUUCCAUCAAGCAACAAAAGUAUGGGAACAGGAAGCAAGACAAGAUCCCCUUCGAUCCAACCAAGCUGGAGAAGGCUCCUUGCCCUCAGUGUGGAUGUAUGGCUUGCAUGGCUAUCACCCMAAUCGAUGAAGUGAACCAGAAGAACAAAGAGAACUGGGAAAAGUACAUGGAAGAGGUCGAGGAAUACCAGAGGAAUGGGGGGAAGAAGCCAAGAUUUCCACCAUCAGAAGGACAGUGGAUUGGUUGCUGGGGAUACAAGCUCCAUUGCAAGUACCAAGCUGAUGGAGGGAACUGUCCGGAAUGCCAAAAGGCUACAGGAACUAGCAAAUACCUCACGCGCGAUGCAGAUGGAAAGCCAGCUUGCUUGUGUCCUAUCUGCAAUAGCAAGUGCGACGCUAUGUUCCUCAGGGGGAACAGGCACAAAGCUGCUGUUGAGGUCAGGGAACAGAAGGAGGCUGUUGCAGCUCCGGCAACAGCCAACGUGUCCUCUUUGCCUCAGCUCUUCACUAAGUAUGUCGGUAACUCGUUGCAGAAUGGUGUGAUUGAUGCAGCUGCUCAAGCAAAUACUGCUGUGGAUGAUCCAGUUGCUGCUCAGAAUUCUUUUGCUUUUGCAGCUCACAGGUUGCUCACCAAUCCUGAGGUUCAGGGGAACAUGGCAAUGAGGCACGCCAUGCAAGGAAUGGGUCCAAUGGGGACCGAGACCAGGGAUGGGCUGUCCAUCGACGCUCUCAGGAAGGGGAGGACUGUAGGGGAUUCAGGAGUGGAACGCGCAAGGGGAUUUGGUGUUCCCAAUCCAAGGGAAUUGCAACAGCAGCAGCACCAGCAGGCCCAGCCUCCGCAGCAACAGCCUCGCCAGCAACAGCCUUGCCAGCAGCCCCAGCCUCCGCAUCGGGCCCCUCUUCCUGCUGGAGGACCUCCUACCUUCAACCAUCAGGACCAGAGGCAUUUUAGGAAUAAGCUGUCUCCUGUUCCUGAUAGGACUGAUGAUACUCGCUCCCCCCUUGAGGUUGAGCUCGCUGCUGCUGCUGGUAGUGGUAGUGGAAGUACUGCGCGUCCUCGACCUACAGUUACAGCAGCUGCAAUGCCACCUCCAGUAGCAGCAGCAAUGCCUCCACCAGCUCAGGUUUCUGCAGUAUCCAAGAGAUCCUACAGCACCAGAGGGUCCUCCAGCUUGAAUCCUAUCAGUAUUCUUGAGAGUGACAGUGAGAGCUCUGGAUUUAGCUUGUACAGCACAAGCAAGACCCAGCCGGAUAUCAAGCCCGUGGUCGUGAAGUCUGAAUUCAAGCUUCCUCCCUUGCCAAAGCGUCGAAAGGCUUCUGUUCCGCCAGCUACUCCAGCGUUUGCAAGGAAGAUCAGGCAGGAAUCUCUCAAGCAGUCUUUUGGUAACAACACCCCUUCUACAAUGGAAGUGCUGGAUCAACUGUCUUUUCGGCUUACUGCGGAGGACACUAGUGCUGAGGCCAUGGCACUGAAGAAGAGAGCACAGGACAUGGAGAACCUGUGCCCUAAUGUUGAGCAGGCGACUGGUUCCUUAGUGAAGUUUGCCAAGCGCCAGCUGUUUGCAAAGCAGGGGAAGCAAGCUUGUCCUGCUCCUUCAAACACUGGUGGCUUGAAUUUGCUUGCAGUAGCAGCGAGUACUGGCUCAAAGCGCCCAGCAGCAGCAGGCCGGGGCUUGGGCUUGGGCCUGGGUCUCAAGCGUGUUGGCAAGAAGCGUGUUGUCAAGCGUUCUGCAUUGAGCAAGCCUGUUGUUGCUGCUGCAAAGAAGGCCUCAGCUGUUGCAAGCAAGAAGGCUAGUCCUGGUGGCUUGCCCAGCAGCCAGAGCUCAGGCGGAUUCGACUAUGGAGACAGUGAUUGAUUGAUUGCUGCUGGCUCGUUUAGUCUUCCUAUGGAUGCUGAAUAAUGAAAGCAUCGAUUC